GGAAGUCCUAAUUUUCAUUCCGUUUGGAUGAAUUGACUGUGGCAUGAGACUGAGCCAGUAGUCCGGGGGAGCGUCAGCCAGCAGGUCUUGACUGUUGGUGUGGAUAUGAGAGGAAGUCAGAUGUGUUAACCUGGUAGUCAGCCGGUACACAGGCCGCUGCACAGCAGCAUCCAUCUGAGCGGGACUGCCCGACCGGCCCGGCGGCUGUUGUCGCUAACUAACUGGCUAGCUAGCUAGCGAACCCAAACCCGCUAACUUCACCAGUUUAAGGUGGUUUAAUUGACGAACGGUGUGGGGAAAGAGGGGCCUCCGGCUAGUGCGACUCGGUUAACUGCUGCCCUGGAGAUCUUAGCUGCCCGGUUUAUUUUCCGGAGCAACAUCCUGCUGAGAUGGACAACCUGAGUGAAGCCUUGGAGAAGCUGAAGCUAGCGUCUACAGACAGCGCCACUGACAGCGUGGAGAGCUGUCUGGACUGCCUGCUCAAAGCACUCGCCAACAACAACACUGAGGCCAGUGUGAAGAUCCAGGAGAUGGGCAUUCUUCCCCUGCUCCCCACCCUUCUAAACCCCCAGUCUUCCUGCACUCCUAAAGUAGCCAACAUCAUAGCUGAGGUGGCCAAAAAUGAGUUCAUGCGGAGCCCCUGUGUUGAAGCUGGCCUCAUCCCUCCUCUAAUUCAGCUGUUAAACUCCACCGACCAGGAGGUUUUACUGCAGACUGGCCGAGCUCUUGGCAACAUCUGUUAUGACAGCCAUGAGGGCAGGAGUGCAGUUGACCUGGCAGGAGGGGCUCAGAUAGUAGCUGAACACAUUAAAUCCCUCUACCAAAAUACUGAGCCGGAAAAUGAGAAGCUCUUGACUGUCUUUUGUGGCAUGCUGAUGAACUAUAGCAAUGAUAAUGAUUCCUUACAAGCCCAGCUGAUCAAUAUGGGUGUGAUUCCCACUCUGGUGAAGCUGCUAGGCAUCCAUUCCCACAACACAGCCCUGACAGAGAUGUGUCUAAUUGCCUUUGGGAAUUUGGCUGAGCUCGAGUCCAGCAAAGAGCAGUUUGCUUCCACCAAUAUUGCUGAGGAGCUGGUGCGUCUCUUCCAGAAGCAGACAGAGCAUGAGAAGAAGGAAAUGAUUUUCGAAGUCCUGGCUCCACUUGCAGAAAAUGAUGUGAUAAAGCUGCAGUUGGUGGAGGCCGGCUUGGUGGAGUGUCUGCUGGAGGUGGUGGCUCAGACUGUGGACGGAGAGAGGGGAGACAUCGCCCAGCUCAAGACUGCAUCCGAUCUCAUGGUUCUCCUGCUCCUGGGAGAUGAGUCCAUGCAGAAGCUGUUUGAGGGAGGAAAGGGCAGCGUCUUCCAGAGGGUCCUGUCCUGGAUACCAUCUCAUAACCAUCAGCUGCAGCUGGCGGGGGCUCUGGCCAUCGCCAACUUCGCUCGCAAUGAUGGGAACUGCAUCCACAUGGUGGACACUGGUAUCGUGCAGAAGCUUCUGGAGCUGCUGGAUCGACACGUCGAAGAAGGCAACGUCACUGUUCAACACGCAGCUCUCAGCGCCCUGCGGAACCUGGCCAUACCCGUGGUAAACAAAUCUAAGAUGCUGUCAGCAGGCGUCGCGGACGUGGUGUUGAAGUUUUUGCAAUCAGAGAUGCCUCCAGUCCAGUUUAAACUCUUGGGAACAUUACGUAUGCUCAUCGAUACACAAGCCGAAGCCGCAGACCAGCUGGGAACCAAUGGGAAACUGGUGGAGAGACUAGUGGAGUGGUGUGAAGCCAAAGAUCACGCAGGAGUGAUGGGCGAGUCCAACAGGCUCCUGUCGGCGCUCAUCCGACACAGCAAGUCCAAGUCGUCGAGAACUGUUAUCCAGGGAGGAGGAGUCAAGCACUUAGUUACCAUGGCAACUAGUGAGCAUAUGAUCAUGCAGAACGAAGCACUGGUGGCUUUGGGUCUCAUAGCAGCACUGGAUUUAGUUGCAGCUGAGAAGGACUUUGUCGGAGCCAGCCUGGUGUCUGUGCUUCACAAGCUGCUGUCAGAUGAGAGGAGUGCUCCAGAGAUCAAGUACAACUCUAUGAUCCUCAUCUGUGCAGUCAUGGGAUCAGAGCCUCUUCACAAAGAAGUCCAGAGCCUGGAGUUCAUCGACGUGGUGUCCAAGCUGAGGGCUCACGAAAACAAGACGGUAUCACACCAGGCAUCGCUCACAGAGCAGCGACUAACUGCCCAGAGCUAAAUGACUGUGUCCGAGCCCACCCACCCAACCACCCACCCACUUAAAUGCCUGCCUGACCACCUAAUCACCCAAUGACACCUCAUGACUGCUCUCCCCCCUGUGCCCCAUCGUCAUGUGCCAAGGUACCAUGUCGCGUUAACUGCCAGCCAGACAUACAGUUAUGUCUCUCCCCUCGACCCCUCCGCCCUGCCCACCUCCACUAGGGUUAGACUGAUGGUGGGUUUUAGAACGCACGUACUCUCUGCUUCUGUUCAAAUCAUAAAUCUGAGCUUUUUCUAAUAGAAGUUUUAUUUAGAAUGACAACCGUUCACCCAGAAUUAAAUAGUUGUUAGGGUGGCAAAGCCUCUGAAACUGUUUCUAGACUAUCAUGGGACACCAAAACUCUCCUCUGAAAGCCAUAAUAAUGAGAUUUAUUUAGGUGGGUUAGCAGGUCCUUAAGGCAGGGUGAGGCAGGCUUCAUGUCAGGCUUUACAGGCUGACGCCCCUUAAAUGCUCGAUAGAGUGAUCUGUCUGGAGGUCGACCCCACUGAGUCGCUGGUAUCUUCUCUUUUUUUUUUCCCACUUUGCAUCAGUCUAGCCCUAGUCCCCACCUCUACUUGUGCAUGCAUCUUCUGCUACAAGUAGCUCCACAGGAGCUGAGGCGCCAUAGACAGCCUAACGCAAUAGAUUAAGAGACAACACUCUUACGACCAUAGCUGUGAUCCCAUCCGCCGGUAACCCACCAGUGAAAAUGUGCACAAAAGAACAAAAAAAAAACAAAAAAAAAAAAAAAGACCUCCCUGUUGUGAUUUUUCUUUCAUUUUUAAGAAAAAGCAGCCAUCCAUGAUGUGCCCAGUUGUGUCCCAUGUAGCUCAAGUAUAAAUUGACUAGAAACUGUGCAUGUUUUAGUCCUGUUGAAGGUGUGCCAGUGUUCAUUUUACCUCUCUACCGCUCGCAUACUCCAAAGUACAACCUGCCCUCCUCUACUGACACCUCCAGUCUUGUUUUUGCACUUGUUCUUUAAGACUUGGAUCUAGAGAUUUUAUUCAGAUUUUUAAUUCCACAGUUGUCCAAACACACACACACACACACACCACCCCCCCCACACACACCCACACCCACACACACACACACACACACCCUGGGUCCAGCAGCUGUACAGUGAAGUUCGAGGCUCCACCUCCUCGCUGAAAGAGAAUCAUGUAAGAACCAGGUGAAGCAUAUGUGGUGAAGAACAGGGCUGUAGUGAGGGACAGCUGAGUGUCGCCGCGUUAAUGAAGCCAAAGUGGGAAACUGAGAGAGUGGAUUUUAUAGAUUUAACCAUCAGCAGAAUGUCAGCUCUCUGCUCGGGUACUGUCAUACGACUUAUCACAGUCUUGAAUUGCCAUCUCCCAGAGGUUUUAGCUGCUAAACAGCUUUCAGAUUUACUGUGAAGAGAAUGGUAGCCUUCUUCUUAGCAGGAUACAAGGUGGGAAAAAACAGAGUCAGGUGGGUGGAAGGAACAAAAAUGUGAUUUAGACUGAUCAUUUAAGUCAAUACAAACCAUAUAAAAUAAAAGAUGGCUGCUGUGAUGCAACCUUUCAGACGGUUGGUACUGGCUUGAAUUAAAGAGGUCUUUCUUGGUCAAACUUGUUUUCUCCCAUUUUAUAUGUUGCUGGGAGAACUGAGUAUUUAACAUCAAUCUCUCUCUCUUCUCUUUGCAUGAUAAAAAUUUCUACAGAGGUUUGUGGUCCUGUGGACAGAAUUAAAUACAAGAUCAUUUUUUUUUAGUAUUUUUAGAUGAUCAGAAACCGGGCCAGAAGCUUUGAAGAGCAGCUAAGAACGAGGAAAGUUGGAGGAGAAGUUAGAAAAAGCUGAUUCAAAAGCUGGGAGUGCAGUAAUAAAGCAGCGCCCGGUUUGUGCGUUGUGGAUGCACAGCAUGGAGCAUCUUGUGAGAGCAGGUAAUUGAAUGGAAACACUGCGUCACUGUAUUUGUGCUGUUGAAACCCCCCCCCUCCCCCCUCCUCCUCCAACCACGGCCACAGCAGCACCACUCCCUCCAGAGGAACAGGUCUCUCUCAUGUGUGACGGUUGGUUUCUUCUAGUCAAAGGGAUUUCUGCUAACAUGCACAUCUCAGCAUGUCCGACACUGUACUGACACCCUGUUAACAUGCCGCAGUGUGUUUCCUGGUCUGGGCCCCACACUUUUUUUUAAAAAAGGUAUGAAUGGUUAUUUAUCAGAUUUGUGCUCUUCUAAAGACACAUGCCAGUGGAGAUGUAUCCAUAGUAACUGCGUAAAAUACUAUAAACUUAAAUGUUUGUUGUAAAUGUCAUGAGUUGUACAUUUGGAGGAUUGUAACUCAGCAGAUAAUUAAAAGACGAUAGCUGGUGA